GACUCGGCGCCGAUGGCGUGGCGGGAGGUCUAUGUCGGCGCGCGUCGGCUCUCGUGCUGCGCUGCCGCCUGCCUCUUGCUCUACAUCGAGAUCUCCGGGUCGCUCGCAACGAACGCGUCGCUUGUCGGCGUCGCCGGCGAUAGCUCUGUCAGCGCCGUCUACACGAGCCCGCUCAUUGCGUUGUUCCUCAAGCAGCCUCCCGUACAAGUGCUACCGACGUUUGCCUACCUCAACUCGACCGACGGCGGGCGGACCAUCCGAGUCUUCGAGGACAACUGCCACUGCGACAUCCCGUCGACGAUGUACAGCCACGCCUAUCUGACGCGACUGCUCUCGCAUCUGCUGGGCGAGCAUCGCAGCUGGCACGCGCCCUUUGACGCGGCCACGACGUCGGUCGUGGUCGACUGCCACUACGACGGCAUUCGAUGGAACGACACGACCGCGCUCAAGGUCUACCUCGUGGACAAGUUGUCCUAUGUCGUGUCGACCAUCAUCCUCCAAACACUCAACGUCCGGCGGUCGGCCAAGCAUAUCGACACGGUGUGCGGCUUUGCGACCAUCCACGUCGGCGACAGCUACCAUCACCUCUUGCGGCUCGAGUUUCCAUUUAACGUCGGUCCGUUUGACGAAGUGAAGGUGAACGCACCGGCCCUCGCCGCGUGGGACGUGACGGUGCUGCGGACCGGCGAAGCGCUCUUGGCCUACGGCACGUCCGGCGUCUUUCGCGAGACGCCCAAGACCCAAGGCAACUACUUCUAUUACAACUGGUCGACACCGGUCGAUGGCGACGCCUUCUUGACUUACACCGAGUACCUCGAAGUGCCCUUCUCCGUCGACUGCUACGCGUGGGGGCGAUGCCUCUUGGGCUUGGGCGUCUCGGUUCUCCUCAUCCUCCACAUGCUCGUGUCAAGCGUGAUUGCAUUCAACCUGUACAAGCAAGACGGGACACUUUGGAUCCCCGACUUGUACCCGGCCAUCCAAUGGCGCAUCCAGCUGCGCGCGGUGCUCCUCUUGCUCGCCACCGUAGCCAACCAUGGUUGGCACGUCUUGGAGUACUGCCUCAAGCACGGAAACGCCCGACUGCGCCUCGACGACGGCUUUGUGCUGGAUGCGAUGGUGCGCUCGGACGGCGCCACAUACCUCUUGGCCAUCGCGGUCGGUCUUGCCGAUCUCCUGCAUCUUCGCGUCGGCCUUGACGUGCUCCUGUCCAUUUACAUGGUCUGCCUGAUCCACCGAGAAGCGCUCGUGCAUGUCUGCGCCGCGUGCGUCUCUGCCAGCGACGCCUUCUUGUCGCGCAACUACGUCGCCAGCAUCGUGUCCGAGCCUGGCGCGGCCAUGUCGCUCUGGACGUACCACGCUAACGACGAGACACCCGUCGCGCUGCUUCUCACCGAACUCAUGUGGUUUCUAGUGGCGCUGCUUCUCGUCGUUGUGUACAUGUUGUGUGUCAAGGCGUGGAGCACUCGGCAGCGUCGCCGCGUGCAGGCAGAAGUCUUCGCAGACGUCGCGCCCCGCCGGCGGCCCGCGCUGAAGGACACGAGCCUCCUUCGCCAUCAGAGCUGGAGGCAGCGCACGCUGACCGAGAACUUUGAGCAGUCGGACGUCCAGCUGCUCUCGUUGACGUACGGCAUCAUCGCGCCCUUUCCCGACGACCCAACCCACGACGGGUUUCUGUCGCCCUCAGGUGUGUGGCUGCUGGGGCACCUCAUACUCUGCGACCGGUACCUCGUGUGCGUGCGUGACUACCCGUGGCUCUGGCUCAACGUGCUCUGUCGACGCAACGUCGGGCGCGUCUACUGCUUUCGCAUCCACCGCAACGGCCACACGAGCGCCAACCUCGAGCUGCUGCCGUUCCACGCAGUAGUCGCCAGGGAUCUCGUCACGCGUCUCUCGCUGCGGCACUUGCACUGACGAGCUCUACGAGCUGAUGACGUCACGAUCAUGUUGCCUGGACUCGCGUCGAGCUAAUGAUCCGCUUCUUGGCCACUUCGCCUCCGCCAUCUAACGG